AGUACUGUGUGUUUCUGUUUGACAGCUCUGUGUGUUGUGGAGUCAGAUGUCACUAAGGAGGUGGUGGUGGGAGGACAAGUGAUGUUCGGCUGCUCGUUCACUUGGGCAGGGACCAACAACAAAUACUUCUGCAAUGGGACAUGUUCUGAUGAAGACAUUCUGGUUGAAACGAAGGGAAGCAAGACUGUAACUCAAGGUAGAUACAGUAUAGAAGACAAGGGAGAUGUAUUCUAUGUGACCAUCAAGGACCUGAUGAAGACAGACUCUGGUACCUACUGGUGUGGAGUGGAGAGAUAUGGCCCAGACACAUACCAAGAGGUGCAUCUAACAGUUACAGAUGCUCCUCCCACUCCUAAACCGUCAACUGUCACCUCCAGACCACAUGUCUCUACAACCCUCCCAAGUUUCUCCACAACAUCCUCUGACCUCUCCACAACCUUCCUGCCAUCUGGAGACAUCAGUGUUGGUCCUUCUCAGAGAGCAGGUCUGAUGGUGUGGACCAGUAUUGGUCUGGUAGCCAAGGUGACAGUGUUAGGACUGGUCCUGCUCCUGUUCUACAGACAGAGGAGAGGAACCAGGAGAACACCACCACCAGUCUCCUCCAACACACAACCUGACCCUACUGGAGAGGUUGACUGUGUGUAUGAGGAGAUCAGAGAGGCAGACAGACAUACAGACACACUACCUGUGGUCAUCUCUUCAGUCUACUCUACUGUCAAUUCACCUACCAACUCUGCAACCUACCGCACUGGCCAAGACCCAACAACCUACCCUGCUGGCCAAGCCUCUACAACCCACCCUGCUGGCCAAGCCACCGGUCUCCCACACGGUGACAUCUAUGCUAACACUAGCUGCCGCAAAGAUGAUAUAAGAUGCCCUCCAUUCUACAGCCCAGCUACCCAGAAUAAUGGAGGACUAUAG